AUAAUUCAAGAGGAUGAAAAUAUUUCGCCAAAUUUCAAUGCUGAACGUGAUGUCUUUUUUCUACUCUUCACACGUUUAAAUCCUUUCGUUGGUCAGAGAAUGCAAUUGAAUGAUGUGAAUUCAAUUCUAGCGUCAAACUAUGACGUUCGAAGACCAACUCGAUUCAUAAUUCAUGGAUUUCAAAGUGAUAGUAAUACACCAGCAGUGAGGUCGAUUUCAAAUGCUUAUCUUGAGAAUUCUGACUUGAAUGUGAUUGUUGUUGACUGGGGUGUUGGUGCCAAUACACUCAACUAUGCUACUGCUAGAGCUCGAGUGAAUGAAGUGGGACCGUUGAUUGCAACAUUUUGUGAUUUUAUGCAUGUGAAUAAUUUACUCGAUUUCAAUCGCACGUAUUUAAUUGGUGGAAGUCUUGGCGCUCAUGUUGCUGGAAUGGCGGGAAAAAGUUUAACUCGUGGGAAAUUCAACACCAUACAUGGAGUUGAUCCAGCAGGGCCAUUAUUCAAUGUCAAUGAUCCAUCAACUCGCUUAGCUGUUGGUGAUGCUGAAUAUGUCGAGUGCAUUCACACUGACAGUCGCAACUUUGGCAUUGGUGAUGCCAUUUGUGACGCUGAUUUCUUUCCUAACGGGGGGAGUAAUCAACCAGGAUGUUUGACAACUCUUUGUGAUCAUGGUAGAGCGUUUGAUCUUUUCGAGGAAUCAUUGAAAGCAAAUGAACUUUGGGGACGUCGCUGCAGUGAUGCAAAUCAAAUUCCAAUUGGCUGUACUGGUGAAGGUGCUUACAUGGAAGGUGAACCAAGUAACUUUAAAAAUAACAUCAGAGGUAUUUUCACUUUACCAACAAACAACAAUUCACCAUUUGGACUUGGAAGAUUUUCAAUUGAAAUCAAAGUUCAACUAUCCGAAGUUCUUAAAUAAUUUAUAAAAGUUCCGAAGAGAAACUUUCUCUUACUUUCUAAGAAGAUAAAAAAGAAAAACUCUGAGAUGGAAAAUCAAAGAGAAAAUCAGAAGAAAAACUAAAAGAGAAUCAAAGAAAG